AUGGCAAUAUUCAUUCAGGUGCUCAAUUCGUCGAGGCGGUGUCUUGCCUGCCUAAUGCUUUCGACCGUAUUGGUGCAGCACAGCGAAGCGGCACUGUCAGAACGAAGGCUUUAUCGCAUUGCAGAAAGACGCACCCAAGAAAUCCCUGGACCUCGUCCGCCAAGCAAAGCGAUAACGUUCAGUGGAGAUGUCGAUAAGAUUGUUGAAAUGGCUAAUCAAAUUGGACGGGAUAGGGCUGAUGCGGCUGCUGAUAACAGUAUACCUGUGGGACCUGUUCUACCCGAGAGCUCUGGAGGGAGAGAUGGCGAAUCCUUAGGCCCCCCUCCAGCUCCCACAUUCCAUGCAAUAUCAAAUGUGGACACUGUCAUUCUUGAUACCGGUAUUAGUACAGCUCCAGCACCUUCACCGCUGACUCCAGUGCCUACCGGAUCCUCGAGCACAAGUCAGCCUGUAGCUGUUUCAUCGGGCUCAACGCCUCAACCUCAGCCUCAGCCAUCAUCACCUUCACUUAGUAUUGCUUACAUGCCUUCUACUGUUGUCGUGGUAGACCCAGUCCCUACGAGAAAACCCACUGCUCUUACCGUUUCUACCGAUGCAGGUACUUCAUCAGGAACGCAGGCACCUGUACCAUUGACACAGUUGACAAACUCCUCGUACUGGCAGUUCCCAACCCCAACUGGACCACAUAUUCCAGGUCAGCCGCAGGGAUCGCAGCCUGCAACGACCAUGGUACCAACUCCUGUAGGGCAAACAGCAGCAACACCGAAGCCAUCAGCGCCAACCUGUACAGUCCCACCUACGCCCGUUGAUUGCAAAGAUCCUCCUCCAAACAGCCAUGCAGCAGGUUCCCCGGGCAUGGCGCCUGCUUCUCCUGCUUCACCGUCCAGUCCAGGUCAUUCCCCGGUUGCUACUCAGAAUCCUACGGUCGCUGUCUCAGGCGUUUCGGGUGCUCCAGUUGAGCAUGCCUUCUCCUUCAGGAAGUUCGCCCACGGCAAACGUAGCAACCAAAACACCGUGGGCCGCUUCACCGAAUGCACCGUCUACGAAGGUACCAUUAUCAACGCCUGUCGCGCCUACUGUACAGGCAGCCCCUACGGUUUCACCAGUGAAGAACAGCGUUUCGCCAGCCUACACAAAAAGUCCUGGAGCAAAUGCUGUCAUGCCUACCUCUCCGACUACAUCAAGCAAAAACGUGCCAACCCAGCGGCCAAACGCAGCAAGUCCAACAGGGCCAACAGGACCAAGUUCGACAGGGCCAAUGGGAUCAAGUCCAACGGGACCAAGUGCAUCAAUGCCAACGGGAUCAAGUCCAACAGGAUCAAGUCCAACAGGGCCAACGGGGCCAAGUGCAUCUAUGCCAACGGGAUCAAGUCCAACAGGGCCAACAGGGUCAACGGGACCAAGAUUCAACAGGGCCAACUGGAUCAAGUCCAAUACCAGCAAGUCCAACAUCACAAGCAGCAUUGA